UUUCCGUGCAUUGGCCCGUAAGUGGAUCAGCUGCUCCAAUGAAAGCAGGAACAAACCAACCUGCUUUCGUAUGUGUAUGAGCUCCAGACUUGAUUGUUAGUUGUCCCUAGCCCUACCGAGACCAUGAACGGUGAAGGCAGAAUCUGGCGGUAUGGUUUCAAUACCGAUUAUACAUGAUCCGAGCCCAUGCUGGCGGCUAUCGCAGUCGCCUGGUCUCGCCGCGGAGCCAGCUGAUCCUGGCAACGACAGGCAUAUUGGUGCUCGAACGAUGAUGAGCAGAUGAGAAGGACGGAACGACAAGGCAAUGCAGUUAUCGGGGCCGAUGUCGAUGUAGUUUACAGAUACAAAGCAACAAGACGAGAGUGCACUUUGAAGAACGCCUGAGUGAGGCGUUAAACAUUUACCCGGGUUCUACCCCCUAGCCUACAGCAGUAAUUUAAUGGUCUAGCGAUGAUGAGUUCACAUCGAGACCGACUGCCGGUACCGGCUCCCCCACGUGGAGAUAUUAGCCCAUGGUCGGUAUUGAAGCAGUCCGUGGGCAAGGAGUUAACCCGAGUUACCAUGCCUGUCGCCUUCAACGAGCCUCUGAGCUUUCUGCAGCGAAUCACCGAAAACAUGGAGUACUACCCGUUGCUCGUGCAAGCCGACAAUAACGACGAUCCCGUAACGCGGUUCGAGCUGGUGACCGCAUUUAUAAUCUCAAAUCUGUCUUCCAACCUCGAUCGUCUGAAUAAGCCUUUCAAUCCUCUACAGGGGGAAACAUUUGAGCUGCAGCGCGAUGACUACUCUGUUGUUUGUGAGCAGGUAUCUCAUCAUCCUCCUGUCUCGGCGCUGCAUGCAACGUCACCUCACAUCAUUUUCGAAGCAAACAUCUGUCCCAAGCUACGUUUUUUGGGAACUCAGGUCACUAUUAAACCUGAAGGUAAAAUGAGCUUGACCCUUCGACGGCAUGAUGAGACCUAUACAUGGGACCACGUCAGUUGUGUCAUCCAUAAUAUCCUUGUAGGCAAAUUGUGGUUUGAGCAACAGGGCGAGAUGCAUAUAGCGUGCACGCAGAGCCAACUUCGUGCGAUUAUAAAAUUCAAACAGGCUGGUCCGGACAUGCGCGACCUGCAUCGGUUCGAAGGAUAUGUCACUGACGACGAUGACCGAAAGAUCCGGUGCAUAUACGGGAAAUGGCCCGAAAGUGUGAAAGCAUGCCCACAUCACGACGUCGAGCACAGUCCACGGCGUACGCCUGAGGGUACUUCGAAAAUGUACGCUAAACUCAACAGUUUUACAAGGUCGCUCACCGUUGGCGCGACACACAGCAAGGAUUUGACAGCCGAAGAAGAUAGCUUGUCGUAUCCGAAUUCGCGUGUUGUCUGGGAAUCGCAGACAAAGCCACCGCAUUCAAAAGAGUACUACCAUUUUACACUGUUCGCAAUGUCAUUGAAUGAGCUUCCCGAUAAGGAGGAAGACCGUCGGAAGCUGCCUCGGACCGAUUGUCGUUUCAGGCCCGAUAUACGUAAAUUGGAAGAAGGCGACUUAGAUGGAGCUGCAGAGGAAAAGAUCCGCCUAGAGGAGCUUCAGCGUGAGCGUCAGAAGGCUGUGAAGAAGUCAUGGAGUCCCUUAUGGUUUCGAGACAACGCCGAUGGCUCAUGGACAUUCACUGGAGACUACUGGAAACGAGAUUUUGCCGCCGUUCCAGAUAUCUUCUAGAUCAAAAUUGUGCUGUGUGUGCAAGGCAUUUUAAUCUACAUGUACACGGGUAACGCUAUUUUUGUGCUCCUAAGUUACGGCCAUUACGAUAGCCGUGCUUACUAUACAAUUUAUGUGGCUAAACAAGUUACUUAAAGAGAAACUUUCAAACAAUCAAGUGUGCGUCCUCCAUCAUCAGCUGUAGUAGAGUUAGCUGUUGACGACGACGACGAUACGUGCAAUUUCGACUUUCGUACAAAUUGAUUAACCUAUGAUAAUAACGAAGGUUAUCACCGGGAUGACACAACCACCGUAGGAAAUAUUGUCUCUGCUUCCAUAAACAUAGACAGCAGCAGUAAUGAGCGUUUAAUGCGUCACAUAAUAUUAUCCGAUUGAUCGAAGACGUAAUUUAUCUAGGGGCAUGCUGCUUCGUCAUCGGAGAGCCAGAGAUCAGAGUCCAAGUGGACAGACCGAAGAUCUCUAAACACAAUUUGAUGCAGAUGAUUAGUACGGGCCGUGCGCCGCAAGACAUCUUCUAUCAUGGUAGAAAAUUUACCUUAUUCAGAAAAAUACAAUAAGAAAAGAGCGAGCGUUAAUGCGGCGACGUAAGAGCAAAGGUAGCCAGUGCAAUGUUCAACCUAAAAAUCUGAAAUCGCUAACGAAACAGAUGUUGGAACCUUGGAACCUACCUUUAUAGAAGGGCUCUUAACACCCAAUCUUGAUUGAGAGGUUUUAAGAGCUCGUCGUCUCGUUCAUUCAUUUCGUUCGUCAAAUUUACAGCUAUCAAAGGAUUGUGAUGAAGGCACAAGAAAACAUUUAUAUAUUCCAUAAUCAUCAUCAUCAUCAUAUAUCCCCAAUGGACAACUUUUUCUUCCACGUUUUAGGCGAUCUGGUUAGAUUUUACAAAAUCUAAGAUAAUGUCUGUUUAUCUAGGUCUGAUAAAAUGCUUUCAUUGCUGUCAUCACGUACUAAGAUGUGACGCGUUGUUUUCAGGUUAGGUAACAACAGAAAUUAAAUCAAAGAUACCUAAAAUCGACCUCUGUCGUUCGUUCGCGCAAGCGUUUUUGUGCUCUUAUUUCAUUUGCCCAUAAAAAACAUUGUCGAUUUUAUUUCUGGUUGAGUUUACCAGCUGUACGCACUCCGUAACUACUACUAGGCCAUGUUGCAAGCGUGCAGGACGUAUCACAGCCCAAAAACCGGAUUUAGGUAACCACAAUUGUAAGAUACGCUUUUCUUUUGUCAGAUCUGUUGUCACUAAUAAGCAUUUGGCCAUCUAAAGCAAAAGCCUAGAUCUGCUAUUAUUAUGUACAGUUUCCUUCUUCUGGCUUUACUAACCCUCUUUGAACGAACAAAUGACUCCGUAUUAAGCGCAGAAACAAACGUCGCCGCCUUAACGCUUCCCUCUUUCGGCAGAUAAGAACAAGCACUCGAUCAAUAGAGUAGGCCAUUCUUGUCUACACCGCAACGUCACCUACGUCUGACGCCAAACAUCGGUGUCAUACGAGUCCGCAAGGACGAAAACACACCUCAAUGGAUUCACUGAUGACAGACAUACGUAUAGCUAUAACUAUCGCAACACGAGCUACUACGCAGAGAAUCUAUUACGCUAUAUCAAUAUUUGGAAGGAUAAAAAUGUCUACUAAAAAACAGUAUAGUUGACAAGAUGCUUGCUAUACGUAAAGAUGGAUGUUUAAUGUUGAGCAUGAUACUAUGGUAUGAUAAAUAUUGAUCGUCGGUCGAGUGUCUGACCUUAUUGAGCAGUGUGAUGCAUGGCACCACCAAGACCACGACAACGAUUGUGAGGACACUUCGGCGCUAUUGAAUAGGUUGCCCUCUACUAGGUUUCUUCUACUAGGUUUGUCAAACGCGCACACAAAUUAUAUAUAUAUAUAUAUACAACAGAAACAUGGAAUGGAUGAAAAAGGAGACUUCUGAUCAGUGUUGUCGCUCUAGUUAUAAUGACAAUACCGCGUCGAACAAGGGCAGGUGUUGACUAGGUGAAGACAACGUUAUUCUAUUGUAUACUUAUAGACGCAGGCGCACGAUGAAUAAAAAACGUAUAGCCGUUUACCUUCAUCGAUUAGGUAGGCUAGAAGAAAGCAAAUGGCAUCCAAAAUGGCAUGCAAAAUCAUCCAUAGAUUUACACGUUAUCUAUACGACCUAUUUGUCAGUCGCUAACAACAAUAUCGGCUAAUAUAAUUGUAAAACAGGUACCAAGAGAGUGACAGCAGACUGACUGUGACGAUCGUUUAAUAACAUGGCUUUUGAUAGCGAGCAAACAAUCAGAGAUAGGCUGAAGCCAGUGUAUGUCUCCUGCCACAUAAAAACCAAGUUGGUCAUGGGGUUUAGUCGUACCAGUAGUUUGAAAACGAGCUUGGUAAAAAAAGAAAAAAAAAAAAAAAAA